GGAAAACAAAACAAACUCUAGUUCAUCUAAUGUACAACUUCAUUUCAACAUUUAACAGUUUAAACACAAAACUCAUUUUAUGAUCUUUUUCAAUCCAAAACAAUAAUAAGUUCAACGUUGAGUUCAACAGCGACUAUACUAUUUACCAAAAUCGUUACAAUUUGUUUUCUGCGUUUUUCAACUUUAACUUUUCGUCCUUUUCUUCACUUAUAUGGACAAACGAGACGAAAAAGUUGAUGAGUCCAAGCUCAUUUCAAGAGCAAAUCUUUAAUAGCUUUUCAUCAUUUAGUUUAGUCUCAUUUUCAUGAGUGAAAAAAGUAUUCAACUUUAUGGAAUGAGUUUGUUUCAUAUCAAAAUGCAGUGUUGAAAGGUUUUGUUUUAAGAAUCAAAAUUUUAUAAUCGUGUGUAAAGCCUGCAAAAAAACUCCCUGAUAAAGGGAAGGAAAAACGGAAUAAAGGUCAGAAAAUUGAGUCGAUUUUAAGUUUAAAUAAGCAAGUAGAGAUAAAAAAGUGAAAAAAAGUUCAACCGUCUCUGUUUGUCUCUCUUCAUGUUGACCGUCACUUGCUUUACGAAAUGUUAUCGCAGCUGGAAAACCGUUCAACUCAACCCACUCUCACUGCAUCACCAGCACAACUUGAACCAUCAUCAUCCUUAGCACCUUCACAUCGCAGGUCAACUGUCAACUCUCAUCGGCAACCUCAACAUGGUCACCCUGAUGAUAACCUUAAACAUCAACCUAGAGGCUCUCAUCAACAGCAUCAAACUCCAGUUGAACCUCGGCUUCAAUCAAUGAGCAUUUACGUGAAUAAAAAUGUUUCCUUGAAAAGUUUCUUACAUUUUCUGCCUUCAAAUUGUGGAUUCACUUUGAGAACUUCAAUAAAUUUUAUCAUUUUAUUUCUAAAUUUCUUUUCAACUGUUGAUGGAAACACCAAUUACAACAACAAAAAUUAUAUCAAUUACAAUGACAAGAUUAGCAAGAAAAGUCUAGAAUCGCAUCUAUUUUCAUAUAAACGCAUCUUUGGGGCCACAACCAAGAUAGAGCCACCUUCACGUCCCUUGUCAUCCUGGGACGAUCCAACCUUUAAGCCUUACUUCGACGACAAUAACGUUGACAACGUGACCACACAAUUGGGUAAAACUGCUCAUCUUCACUGCAAAAUCCGUCAACUUGGUGAUAGAACGGUAAGAACAAUUGAUUAACAGAACAAUUAUUCAUGUUUAAACAUUUACAGAACAAAUGUUUUCUGUUUCUUCCUGACAUUCAUUUACCAGAAUUACAA